UCAGGGGUCAAUCCACUCUUUCGUUUGUUGUCAAAAAACCAAAGGAGCUGUUGCUUUUGAGCACAUGUACAAGUGCUCAGAAGUGAGGGAAUCUGUAUUUGUCUUCAGAGAAACCUGAAGUGGCUUUGUCACCUUUUUUGGAAGUGCAAAUAUUGAAGAAAAGGCAUUCUUGAGAGGGAUUUGAAGAGAAGUAAAGUGGCGAAAGGUCAAUCGGAUUGUCAGGCAGAUUACCUUGAAACAGUUAGAGGGGGAAGUCUGGCAGUGUGCAGAUGCCAAGCCAUGGAUCCACAGUUAGCGCACGGUGAGGAAUAUGCUCUGUAGGUUUUUCUUUAUUUUAACAACUUAGUUUUUUGCUUCUUUAUUAUUUAAAAUUAUGGGCCAAGAACACAGUAGCACAGAUAAGGAAGUGACUCUCCACCACAUCCAGGAACUUUACCGUAAAUUUGCGAGCGAAUGUCCAAGUGGAAAUCUGCACUUACAUGAAUUCAAGAGAAUCUUUGGAGUCAACAGCAACUCCACGGAAGAAGAAUCUGCAUAUAUGGAACAUUUAUUUCAAGCCUUUGAUACAAAUAAGGAUGGACAUAUAGACUUCAUGGAGUAUGUGGCAGGGCUGCAUCUUGUUCUUCGUGGAAAACUCGAGGACAAACUGAGGUGGUCUUUUAAAGUUUAUGACCGAGAUGGAAAUGGCUGUUUGGACAGACAGGAAGUGAGACACCUUGUCAAAAUCAUCAACAAGAUAAAGAGGCACAAUGAUCCCGACGCAGGGAAUAUUGAAGAUAUUUGUGACAGAAUAUUUAAUCUGGUGGACAAGAAUAACGACAGUCAGAUUUCUUUGGAGGAAUUUAUUGAAGGGGCUGAAAAGGACCCGUGGGUGAUGGAACAGCUCAAACUGGACAUCGGGCCCUGUGAUUGGUUCGUUGAACAUCAGGAGAAGAAAACCUGACUUCAUGAUGUACAGCGUAUGUUUUUAUGACAAAUGAAUUGGACGCUAAGUGACAGUAUAAACCUGCUGUCUAUGUUCAGUCUGUCAGAGAAACGCUGAUACAGUACCAUACAGUAUCCAAGGAAAUAAUCUGCAUCGUGCUUUUUUAUCUGACAGUCCGAGAUUCAGGAUAAUCUAAAGGGAUUAUUUGUUCAAUUGUGGGACAUGCCGACUGCAGGAGAUGCAGCCUGAAUCUUCUCCGUGGUCUCUGUUUUUGGAAGAGAAGCCUUUCACGUGAA